CAGAUCUCGUGUACUUUUCAAAAACGCCCAGUUUGCUUCUCUUUCCCUUCCCUCUCUCACUCAGUCACUCACUCACUCGCUCGGCUCUACUGCCAGAUCUCUCUCAUGUAGCUCCCAUUUCACUCUAUCAGGCAAAUUCACAAACAGAUUCAGCGCAUUCACACCCACGAAGCACAAUGAGUUCCCAGGAGCCGAAAUCGUCCUCAAAGCCUGCAAAGCUCUCGGCCCAGUCCUCGAGAUCCUCCUCUGUGUCUUCCCACCUGGCAAUGGUGGAGCUCAAGCAGAAGAUCCUGACCUCCCUCGCCAAGCUCUCGGACCGCGACACCCACCAGAUCGCCAUGGACGACCUCCAGGCCACCGUCAACUCCCUCUCCUCGGACGCCCUCCCCAUGCUCCUCAACUCCCUCUACGACGCCGUCUCCUCUGACCCCAAACCCUCUGCUCGCAAGGACUCUCUCCGCCUCCUCGCCCUCACCUGCGCCGCCCACCCCGACCCCGCAUCCGCCCACCUCACCAAGAUCAUCUCCCACAUCACCAAGCGCCUCAAGGACAACGACUCCGGCGUCCGGGACGCUUGUCGCGACGCCAUUGGCUCGCUCUCGGGGCUGUACCUCAAGAACUCUGGUCAUGGUAAUGGCAAUGAGAGCGUGGUGGGGCUGUUCGUGAGGCCCUUGUUCGAGGCGAUGGGGGAGCAGAACAAGGGAGUACAAUCCGGUGCGGCGAUGUGCAUGGCGAAGAUGGUGGAGUGCGCCGCCGACCCGCCACCUGCCUCGGCGUUUCAGAAGCUGUGCCCGAGGAUCUGCCGGUUGCUUAACAACCACAACUUCUUGGCCAAGGCCUCGCUCUUGGCCGUCGUCUCCAGCUUGUCUCAGGUGGGGGCAAUUGCACCUCAAAGCUUGGAGCAUUUGCUGCAAAGUAUCCAUGAAUGCCUUGGGAGUACAGAUUGGGCAACACGUAAAGCAGCUGCUGAUGCAUUGAGUGCCUUGGCAUUGCAUUCAAGUGAUUUGAUUUCAGAUAAAGCUGCUUCCACACUGACAGUGCUUGAGUCAUGCCGUUUUGACAAGAUAAAACCCGUUAGAGAUAGCAUGGCAGAGGCGUUGCAAUUAUGGAAAAAUAUUGCAGGCAAAGGAGGAGAUGGGUCUCCAGAUGAUAAGAAACCCUCUCGUGAUGGGGAAUCUCCUGUGCUGGCUGGUUUGUCUGAAAAAAAUGGUCAGAAGAAUACAAAUCCUAGUGAUAGCACAUCAGAGCAACCAGCUAAGACUUCAUCUAAUGGUUCUUCCCCUACUUCAGAUCCUGCUUCUAAAGCCAAAACUGGCGGCAUUUUAGAAAAAGCAGUUGUAAUAUUGAAGAAGAAAGCACCUGCCCUUACUGACAAAGAGCUAAACCCAGAAUUCUUCCAUAAUCUUGAAACAAGGGGUUCUGAUGAUUUGCCAGUGGAAGUAGUUGUUCCUCGUAGAUGUCUCGGUUCUUCAAACUCAAACAACGAGGAAGAAUCGGAGCCAAAUGACACAGAAUCAAGGGGAAGGUCAAAUCGCAUUGGAAAUAUCCAGUCUGAUGAUUUCCAUGGAUCUUUCAACAGUAAAUAUCAUAAUGUGGAGAGAGGAACUGCUGCUGUAUAUUCUAAACAGCGAGAUCAUGAUGACCUUGCACGGGAUAAAUGGCCUGAAGAGAGGAUAAAUGGAAAAGACCCAAGAAUGAGAGCAUUUGAUGGUGAUGAUAGGAUUGAUAUGAAUCAGAGGGAGUCAUCCAGUAAUCGUGUUGGUUUCUCCAAAACUGAUGGUCAAUCUGAAGGGUCGUUCAUCAAUAACAAAGGAAAUUGGUUGGCAAUUCAGAGGCAGUUAUUGCAGCUGGAGAGACAACAAGCUCAUCUGAUGAACAUGCUGCAGGAUUUCAUGGGUGGCUCUCAUGAUAGCAUGGUGACUUUAGAGAAUAGAGUAAGGGGUCUUGAGAGAGUUGUUGAAGACAUGGCACGAGACUUGUCAAUAUCCUCAGGCAGGAGAGGUGGUAGUUUUGCGAUGGGGUUUGAGGGAUCUUCUAAUAGGCCUUUAGGCAAGUACAAUGGUUUCCCUGAUUACUCGAAUGGCAAAUUUGGAAGGGGUGGUGAUGGGCGGAUUCCUUUCGGAGAAAGAAUUGCCCAGUCUGAUGGAAUUGCUAUGGGCAUGAGAGGAAGGGGCCCUUCUUGGAGAUCUGACAUGUCUGAAAAUUGGGAUUUUCCAAUAUCUGGUGCUUCCAGAAAUGGACAAAUUGGCUCGAGGAGAGCUCUAGGUGGUGGUAAUAUAGAUGCUAGGUCACCGAGAUCAGAAAAUGAGAGUGAUCAAGGUGGCAGCAGGAGAGCUUGGAAUAAAGGAGCUGGACCUGUUAGGCUUGGUGAGGGGCCUUCUGCAAGAAGUGUCUGGCAAGCUUCAAAGGAUGAAGCCACUUUGGAAGCAAUUCGGGUGGCUGGGGAGGACAGUGGAACUUCUCACACAGCAACAGCAGCUAUUCCUGAAUUGACCGCGGAAGCCUUGGGAGAUGAUUAUGUUGGUCAUGACCGGGACCCGGUGUGGACUUCUUGGAGUAAUGCUAUGGAUGCCCUUCAAGCAGGUGAUAUGGAUUCCGCCUAUGCUGAGGUUUUGUCUACAGGGGAUGAUCACUUGCUUGUAAAGCUAAUGGACAGAUCAGGCCCUGUGGUUGACCAACUCUCAAAUGAAGUAGCAAGUGAGCUCUUGAAUGCUGUUGGACAAUUUCUACUAGAGCGGAACCUUUUUGACUUGUGUUUGUCUUGGAUUCAACAGUUGGUGGAAAUAGUGUUGGAAAACGGACCUAAUGUUUUGAGCAUUCCCAUGGAAGUGAAGAAGGAGCUUUUGUUGAAUUUACAUGAUGCUUCUUCAACAAUGGAUCCUCCUGAGGACUGGGAAGGUGUGAUGCCUGACCAACUCUUGUUUCAGUUGGCAUCAGCGUGGGGAAUUGAUCUGCGACAGCAUGAGAAGUAGUUCCCACUUCCCAGCUUAUUGCCUAUUGUUAAUGGGAUUUUGUACUAAAUAUGAAAACAUUUUUUCAUUGGGUGAUUCAGUUGAUAUCAUGUAACUUAUACAAGUUGAAUGAAAUUGUGAAUGAACAAACAAUUAAGCAAAUGAAGCUGGAAUUAUUAUGGUUC